GCACCCAGUGAGUGCGGCUCUGGCAGCUCGUCCUGCAGCCCCGAGUGGAGCACACAGCUGGAGUUCAGCACCAACCCUGCGGAUCACCUCCUGAGUGAUGAUGCAGCAGAGGACCGCAACCUCCACUCUCUCUCCUCUAUCGUUGAGAGCAUCGCCGUGGAGGACGUGGCCGUGACGUUCCCGGAGGAGCGGGUCCAAAACUGAGCUGGCACAGAGCCCCGCAGCUCUCUGAGCUGGAAACGGGGUGGGAUUGAGAUGCUGGAAGAAUCCAGCUGCUGGAAAUCAUAAUUAUCCUCCAACACUGUGGACCGCAGCGCUGAAACCGCCCAAAUCCUUUCCCACUCCUCUCCAAAACUCCCACCGGUGGAAAAAAGAAAAGGGGAGAAGUGUGAUGGCGGUGGCUGCGGUGGUCCCGGGUCCCCCAGGCUGGGGGUUUUUCUUCCUUGGGGGCCAACACAUGUGCCACAGCCAAUGUGGCUGUUUCCAAGUUGCUCUUCGACCAAGGUCUCUCUCCGGCGGGUUGCCUUCGCUGGUUUUCCUACUGACCGCUGUGUGCAGUUGCCAUUUGUUUGUGUUUUCUUUUUUAAUUAUUAUUUUUGCUAACUUAUUUUGAUUUUUUUUUUU